AUGGCUACAGCAUCAGCUACCGACUUUACAACAACAGCAACAAAUCUUUUCUCGUCAUUAACUAUUGAAGAUAAAGAAAAAAAAUUUGAAACAUUUUCCUUGCUAUGGUUAGACAGAGAUAUGAACUAUACGAGCAGAAACUGGAAAACACAAAAAAAGCUACGAGAAUCAAUCAAUUAUUUCAAAAGAUUUAAUAAUUUGAGUACAUGUGAAAAAUGGAUUCGACAACGUCAGAUACAAGACGAAAAAGUAAUUUUAAUUGUCUCUGGUGCUUAUGGUAAAGAAAUCUUACCAAAUAUUUAUCAGUUACCGCAAUUGGUCGGCGUCUAUGUUUAUUGUUUAAAUAAAGAAAUUCAUGAAAAAUGGGCAAAAAAUUAUAAAAAUAAGGUAGGACCUAUCGGACAAGAGAUUUUUAUUCGACAGUUUUUCAAAACUCAAAAAAUGAAAGAGUCUGACGAAUUUUAA